AUGACAUCGGUUGCAGACAACACCUUUGACCCUUCGUCAGCACAACGCCUCCCACAGCUCUCAACAAGCCACCUCACCCCAGGUGUGUUCAACCCCACAACAGGUGCCCCCGAUGGCCUUCACAGAUCGCCCCUCACACCACCACCAACACCUAUCAUCUCUGACAACGGCAACGGCGAGAAGUUGACCGUCUCUGCUAAGCACCUCCAACACCACACACUCCAACCAGAGUUCAUCUCAGAGUACACCUUGGGCGAUGAGCUCGGCUCUGGAGGAUUCGGAUUUGUUGUUUCUGCCACCCGGAAAUCUGACCACAAGGAAGUCGCCGUCAAGUUUAUCUUCCGUGAUAAGGUGCCUGUCCAUGGCUGGGCCAAGGACCCCGAGCUGGGCGUGAUUCCCAUGGAGGUCUAUGUUCUCCGGAAUGUUCAGCACCCCAACAUCAUCUCCUUCAUGAACGUCUACCAGGACUUCAAGUUCUUUUACCUGGUCAUGGAGCUCCACGGCACACCAUGGUCGACCAGUAACCCUCUUCUCAACAAGAACGACAACAGUAACGCCAACAACAUGCCCACGUCCAUGAUCGAGGCUAUGGCUGCUGCGACCUUGAACCAGCGGAACGGCUUGACCGGAUCCAACUCGACCUCUUCUUCCACCUCGUCCAAUUCUUUCACAUCUUCAUCAACCUCGAGCUCAUCGUCGUCUCUGAGCCAUUCCGGAAGCGAUAACGAGUUGUACGUUGAGCCUCCCAAGCCUGCACUGUUGGUUCGUCGGACCUCGUGUGAUCUCUUUGAGUGCAUCGAGCACCACUCCAAGUUCUCAGAGUCCCAGGCGCGCAUGAUCUUCAAGCAGAUCGUCGAGUGCGUGGAUUACCUCAACUCGCGCGGUAUCUGCCAUCGUGACAUCAAGGACGAGAACAUUGUCAUUGACAAUGACUUCCGGGUCAAGUUGAUCGACUUUGGAUCUGCCGUCAUUAUCCCAAGACCCCAGGGCAAGCUCUUUGACCGGUUCUACGGCACCAUCAACUACGCGUCGCCUGAGAUCUUGAAGGGUGAAAAGUAUAGGGCCGAGUCGGCCGAAAUCUGGUCACUGGGCAUUCUCCUCUACACCAUCCUCUACGGUGAGGUACCCUUCAACGACCCCGUCCAGGCCAUCUCAGGGCCCUACAUCUCACCACGCGUCCGAUCGUCACCCGAGUGUUUGCAUCUAUUGAACUGGAUGUUGUCCAAGACUCCCGAGCGCCGUGCAACGAUUGAGGAUGUUGCCAACCACCCAUGGAUCUCCGGUCUCAGCCUCUCUGCAUAA